CCGUCCCUGCGGCCGCAGUGGCUAUUUAAAGGUUCGCUCCGCCGUCCCGCGUGUGGGUCUGUGGGCCGGGGUUUGCAGAGUUUGGCAGUUAUGGCAAAUCACAUCGUGCUCUGCAACGGCACCAAGAUGCCCAUCGUGGGGCUGGGCACCUGGAAGUCCCCUCCAGGCAAAGUGACAGAGGCUGUGAAGGUUGCCAUUAACCUUGGGUACCGCCACUUUGACUGCGCCCAUGUGUAUCAGAACGAGAACGAGGUGGGGGUGGCCAUCCAGGAGAAGCUCAAGGAGCAGGUGGUGAAGCGUGAGGAGCUCUUCAUUGUCAGCAAGCUGUGGUGCACACACCAUGAGAAAAACCUGGUGAGAGGAGCCUGCCAGAAGACACUCGGCGACCUGAAGCUGGACUACCUCGACCUCUACCUCAUCCACUGGCCAACGGGCUUUAAGCACGGGAAGGAAUUUUUCCCGUUGGAUGGGGAAGGCAGCAUCAUUCCCAGUGAGACCAGUUUUGUGGACACAUGGGAGGCCAUGGAAGAGCUGGUGGAUGAGGGGCUGGUGAGAGCUAUUGGAGUCUCCAAUUUCAACCAUCUCCAAAUCGAGAAGAUCUUAAACAAACCUGGCUUAAAAUAUAAGCCAGUGGUUAACCAGAUUGAGGUCCACCCAUAUCUCACUCAGGAGAAGUUGAUCCAGUAUUGCCAGUCCAAAGGCAUUGUGGUGACUGCCUACAGUCCUCUCGGCUCUCCUGACAGGCCCUGGGCAAAGCCUGAUGACCCUUCCCUGCUGGAGGAACCCAAGAUCAAAGCGAUCGCAGUCAAGCAUAAUAAAACCACAGCCCAGGUGCUGAUCCGGUUUGCUGUGCAGAGGAAUUUGGUUGUAAUACCCAAGUCUGUGACACCAGAACGCAUUGCUAAGAACUUCCAGAUCUUUGACUUUGAACUGAGCAGCGAGGAGAUGACGACCUUACUCAGCUAUAACAGGAACUGGAGAGUCUGUGCCUUGAUGAGCUGUGCCUCCCACAAGGAUUAUCCCUUCAAGGAAGAGUUCUGAGGCUGUGGGUCCCUCUCUCUCCAGGUGACCUGUUCCAGCCUCAUUUUUCCCGUGUGUAGCGUAGUACAGCCUGUGUCCCUUGGUACUGGGUCAGCAACCUGCCUGUGAACCCAGCGAGGGCACGGUCAGUGUGCAGUUGGGUCCAGAGAGUGCUAUUAGUAGAUUAGAAGUCUCCUCUGCUUUUCUUUGCCCUUGUCCAGCUGGGGAAAUUACAACCUCAGUACCCUCUUCUGACUAAGUUAAAACUACAAUCAGAAUAGUGUCACUAACAAUUGGAUUUUGGCUGCUUAGAACUGUAAUCCUUUCAGCCAGACUUCUUGCUUCAAAUAAGAAGUGCUUUUGUGAACCUGA